AUGGAGCUGUCCACUUUGGAAGAUGGAGAGCCAAGCAGUGAUUUGCCGUUCCGUGGCAGCCAACUCCCAACCACCCACUUGCAAACCAUCUCCCACUCCGCGAAACCUGCCCGGAAUGGAACCAGAGCCGUCCAUUGGCGCUCUCCUGAGGCUAUCCAAGCCCUCUCCACACAAGUUGGGUCCCUCCAGGACCAAAUCAAGUCUCAAGGCAAGCAAAUCACUCAGCUCACCGCCUUAUGCAAGGAGACCAACAACCUCGUUGGAGACAAGGACCAGGGCGGAGCCCAAACAAAGCCUGGCCCAUUGACUGGGCCUACCACUCCUCCCACUCACACGGGAGGAGAAGCCCACACUCCAGCAACGAUUAGGCCUGGACUCAAGGCUCCCUUCCAACCAUCAAGGGGCACAGGUUUUGACUUGGAAGACGAGGAAGAACCAAGACCUCCCAAAAAGGAGCCUACAGGAACGCCUAGAAGGCACUUGGGGUCUCUCACCCCUUUCAAUGCAGGGUCCAGUGUAAAGCGGCCAAAGAUGGACCUCCCAGACCCCUAUAAGGGUGAUACUAGGGGACGCAAGGCCACUCACCGCCGAUUGGGCUCUUCCCAUUAUUGGGACCAUCAUCAAGGGCAAGGCAACCCCCCCACCACCAUCCAGGCCUUAACGGCCAAGUUCAAAGAAGCAUUUGCCGAUCCCAACGCCAAGCAGCUGCCGCUAGAAAAAUUGCGGCUCUCUCCCAAACAACCACCACCUCCGAGUACGUCACGGAGUUCUGCAAUCUCAUGGCGGAAUUGGACUGGAACAAGGAGGCCUACAUUGCGCAGUUCACGCGGGGCCUCCAUUGGAAGGUCAAGGAACUGCUAUCAACCAAGGAUAGUAUUCCCAAUGAACUCGAGGCGAUUUUCGGCCUCUAUUAAGAUUGACAACAUUCGCCGCAAAAAUGAGGAGAACCGUCCCAAAAAGACACCCGCCAAAUCCCCGGCCACCGUGGCUACCACUUCCACCACUACCACCCAACGGGUCCGCCUCUCAGAGGACCCAAAUUAUGUCACACCGGAAGAAAGGGAUUGCCGCCGCGCGUCUGGCCUUUGUGUCAAGUGCGGCCAGAAGGGACACGGAAUCAAACAAUGCCCCAACGGAUGGAAGGCCACAAUCAAGGAAGUGGCUAAGGUAGCAGAGGAUGAAUCAGGAAAAGAGUAG